AUGGAAAUGGGACUUAGCCCAAUUGUAUGUAUUGCUCAAGAUUAUAUUCAAGGAAAAACUGUGGAUGAUUCACGAUUACGUCAAGCGAUACUUGAAUUACCUGAUAAUAAAACAGAACAUCUUCCAGGCUAUUUACCUCUCGUACCAGGAGUGCCAGUUUUACUCACAGAAAACGUUGCUAUUGAGCUCGGACUGUCUAACGGUACACGAGGAAUCUUUCGUCAACUUGUAUACGAUGAAUCACCAGAAGAUGUUCGAUACCAAGAUAAGAAUUUUCCAUUAAAUACCAAGUUUAUAACGCAACCAAACAUGACAACACAUAAAAGCCAAGGACAAACACUCGGUAAAUUUAUCGUCGAUCUGGUCAUGCCUCCUGGCCCACCUGAAGUUGCAUCGGUUUAUGUUCCAUUAUCUCGUGUAAAGAGACUUGACGAUUUACUUAUCAUACGUCCAUUUGAAUUUGCAACACUCCAAGUUAAACCAUCAACGGCCCAAAUAGCAGAACUUAAACGAUUAGAUAAAAUAGCACAAAAUACUCGGAAACACUUUCAAUUCAUUGUUUAA